AUGACCGGCCUGGAGUGGAACCUCGUACUGAAGAACAGCGAGAAACAGGUCAUCCUGCAAGCCACAGCGACAACUGUCAGAACUGCUACCUCGGGAGCUGGACAGCGCCACUGGUGCUUGGAUCUUGAGGCUGUUUCUGAACAGCUUCCUAGAGAUAGUUCUUUCGUCAUCGAUUUGGACGAGACCAAUAUCGCUGCCAGUUUGCUGCGAAACCUGAUCCACCAAGACUCCCGCCAUGCCACCAUCCUCAGGCUGGUUUUCUCCAGUGAUUCUGGUACCGUGAUCAGGCCAGAUUUCAUCACGUACAGGCUUCACGGCUACGAUGAUAUCCAGCUUGCUGUGGGAUUCCUCGACCCAUUGUCACCAGUGGCAGCGACGAAUCCAGACCAAGCAAUCAACGUCAAGACAAAGGAUGACUUUCUUUCCCUCCUUCAAAACGCUGUUGGCGGUGCCACUGCCCGGGCCAGUAAACCCGAAGACACUACCCUGAACCUUCGCGCCCGCCUAGACGAGGAAUUUGCCAAACGCCUCUCAAUCCCUUGGACUGUCCCUCAGCCCCUCACUCAGAAACGCGUAUUCUGGGUCCAAGGCCGCGCGAAUAUCGAAGCUAGCCAGCAGUUUUACAAGGCCGCCCGCGCGCUUGGCAUCACUCUUGUCGUCCUCGACGAACCGGGUCACUGGCUUGAAGACAACAGCGGCCCACAUGCGCACUAUCGUGAGGCAUUCAUUCCUAUAGGCAUUGCGGGCGACGAGGGCCUCACUCAACGUGUCGUGGAAGCCGUGCGGGCGUAUCCACACCCCGUUCAUGGUGUCGUGUGCAUCAGUGAUGUGAGGCUGCCGCUUGUUGCGCGGGCGUGCGAGAUCUUGGGACUACCUACCUCUAGUUCUACGGCGUAUGCCAACGCGGGGAAUAAGGGUGCCUCAAGGGAGAUUGAGUCUGCUGCGUCUGGACAGGAAGACGGCUUUGUAUUACAUGCAGUACAGGACCUUGAAACGGUACUGGCGGAGAGGGGGGGAAAGCUUACUUAUCCUCUGAUCGUCAAGCCUUGUACUGGCUGGAAUAGUGACUGCGUCGUCAAAGUGCGUAACGAGGACGAGUUGCGAGCAGCUGUGCUUCGGGCGUCAGAGAGACAUGCGUCGUCGGCAGCAAGGAGUACGAGCGUAGUGAUUGAGCCGUACAUUGACGGGCCCGAGGUGGAUGCUAACUUCAUCGUGCUGAACGGAGACGUGCUCUUCUGCGAUGUUACAGACGACUUUCCUUGCUCCGCCGACCUGCCAGAGACAGAAGGUACUAAGGCUGCCAACUUCAUGGAGACGCUCAUGGACGUCCCAUCAGCGCUGCCAGAUGAGGAGAAGGUCAUGAUGCGGAACUCACUUGCUGGAAGCAUCGCCCGGCUCGGGUUCCAGUCUGGUGUAUUCCACUGCGAAGCCAGGGUUCGCGAUUCGCGAGGGUACUAUGCCAUUGAUCCCACCGAUGACAUUCUUGACUUGAAACUCCUAGAAACUGCCCCUUCGAAAGCUGCGUCUUGCUUCUUGCACGAAGUCAAUGCGCGUCCGCCCGGUUACAUCAACUGUGUCGCAGCUUUACUCGCUCACGGCGUCGACUACUACGCUGUGCGUCUCUUACUAAGCCUCGGUUCGGAGGAGGAUGCGCGUGUGAAGGCUUUAUCUCAGCCAUUUCUCCAUGGAAAACCACAAUACAUUUUGGGAAUCUCGGUGUUGGCCCCUACGCGAUCAGGCAUCAUGGGGUCGGAGGACGCUGUGCGAGACUUUCUCGAGGCGAACCAGGACCUCAAACGACAUGUCGUGCACUUCCAAACGGUCAAGGAGAAAGGAGAAUGGGUACAUGGCCCAGACUCAAGCGAACUGUGGUGCGUGGGGUAUGUAAUCGUUGUGAGCAAGGAAGGUCGUAGGGAAUGUCUGAAGCUAGAUCGAGAGGUUAGGAAGCGGUUUGACUACAUACUACAGGAUGAAUAG